AUGGAUUCUCAUAAACGUAGCAAGUCUGAUGGCCAUUCUCAGCAGCCCAAAGCCGAGUCGAGUUCGAAAUCUCCGAAAGAAGAGAGUCAAUCCUCUUCUACCUGUGAAUUAAGCCGAAGGUUAGAUGAACUUACCACAGAGAGCGACAGCGAUGAAGAAGAAUUGGAAGAGAAUGACCCGGGAGAGGAUGACCCAGAAGAGAAUGGCCCAGAAGAGAAUGGCUUGAAAGGACGUGAACUCAGACGCCAGAGACGUAUGAGGGUACGCGGGAGAAUGGAAACAGCGCGAGGAGUAUGGGAUACGGAAAGAAAUAAAUUGGCGACAUACGCAGACGAUCGACUAUAUACGGAGGCUGCCAGAGCUUUCAAUCAGGAGAUUAAAAGGAAGAAAUUGAGGACCGAAAUGGAGGAAUGUAUGAGUUUGGAUGACACAACAGUGGCAAGCGUAGAGAAGAAGGAAAAAGAAUUGGAAGGGCUGAAGAGUACCUUUGUGAAGAAGAUCACGAAAAGACGGAGCCGCAAAUCGAUCUUAAGAACGCUCAAAGAGGAAUUAAAGGCUUACAAUAUGGUAAAGGCGGAAAGUCAAAAGCGGGUGAUGGAAGCUCAAAUGGAAGUGGAUAAAACACAGCUGCAAGAAGCUGAAAUAAGAUAUGAAAUGGUGCGAUUAUGGCAGAAUGAAGUGGAAAGAUGGGUAGAGGAGCUUGAGAUUCCAAUCCUUGAAUAUAAGUCUAGAUACUCGCCUAUUGAGCUCGCAGCUGAUGACGCGGAGCAUUUGAGAAUUUCUCUACAAAACUUCAGGACACAUCGAGACUGGUGUAUGGACGGCCCCUGGCUGGGACAACGAUGGUUUUAUACUAACGCUGCCCGGAGGUAUGAGUGUGAUGAUUGCAAAGAUGACAUCGCAUACCAAACAUCAUUGCAAGCGUUUCAAGAGUUGCAAGAUGAGACUGAAGUUUAA